UCCAUAGUGAUUUCGUCACUCAGAGGGGUCCUUCCGCCGCUCUUAGUGAGCACGUGCACCAGGAGCAGAAGCAGCAGAAGAUCUCCGUUAACGGCGCCGCGAUGAUAGGCGGCAAACCGAGCGCGAUAGCAGCAGGCGUCUGUGGCGCGCUCUUCAUCGGGUACUGUAUCUAUUUCGACAGAAAACGACGCAGCGAUCCGAACUUCAAAACCAGACUGCGUGAACGGAGGAAGAAGCAAAGAACCGCUCAAGAUAAAUCUGGACUAGCUCAACUGCCAGAUCUUAAAGAUGCCGCAGCCGUGCAGAAGUUUUUCCUGGAUGAGAUUCAGCUGGGCGAGGAGCUGCUGGCUCAGGGAGACUACGAAAAGGGUGUGGAUCACCUGACCAACGCCAUCGCUGUGUGCGGCCAACCACAGCAGCUCCUGCAGGUGCUGCAGCAGACGUUACCGCCACCUGUCUUCCAGAUGCUGCUCACCAAACUACCAUCGAUCAGUCAGCGGAUAGUAAGUUCUCAGAGUAUGGAGGAAGAUGAUGUCGAGUGAAACGUGACAUUCCUUUCUGUGUGACGAACCAGCAACGGACCUUCAUCUUUUGUUUUUUCCUGUUGCACAUCUGUCCUGACCACUGCACUCACUGCGUUCCUGGUGUUUGCAUUGACGUUGUUCAUAUAAAAUGGAUGUAUUUUUAUUCUAAACAUGAUCUAACGUAAUCACGUGUUUGAAUGCAAAUGAAAACGUAGAGUUACGAAUAUAAUAUUGUAAUUAAAAGCUAAGUUCAUAAGCACUCACGUGUCAUUUUUAGAUAUUUCUUUAUCAUAUAUAUUAAGGAUGAAUCGAUUUGCAAUGUUAAUCAGAUGUUUUUGUUGAUGAAUGUUGUUUUUUGGCAUAUUUGUAAUUUCUAUGCAUUGAACUUUAAAUAAUAGAUUCUUAUUUGUAUUCAUUAAAUAAUUUAAUCAAGAA